AUGCACAGUGCUGUGAACGAUUCGGAUGACCUGAUCCUCCGUGCCCCGGAACGGUUGCUAAAGCACAGCGCCGCCAGCGACCCCGCGCGCGCUCUCCGAGGCCCGGGGAGCGCCGCUGCGCAGGAGCGCGGCGCCGCGCGGGCGGGCGGGGCGGUAACGACCGCCCCUGUGACGUCAGAUCAGCGCAUUCGCCGGCCGCAGCCCGGUUCUGGCGCCCGGCUUUCCGGCGCGGUCCGCGAGCGCGGCGGCGCACUGCGCGUGCUCUGCGCAGGGACGCGAGGAGGUUGGGUUUGUUCUGAGAGAGAGGCAGUGAGCGAGGAGAAUCCGCGGCGGCCCGUCCUCUGCGACUCUUUGGCUGCGCCCCGCACGACGCACCCGCCGCGGUUGUUGGCUGGAGGUGUGUACGGGGGCGGGCGGGCGGGGAGGCCGGUGUGGUGGCCGGUAGGGGACAUUCCGUGCGCGCCCGCGGCAACCGUCCGGCGCGCGAGCGCGGAGACUGGGGCUACAGCGGGAGACAUUGUUCUCGCUGGCUGCGUACGCCAAGUGUGCGUGGAAAAGCCUAGCCUGUCCUCCAAGGUGAAGGGCGGGUGCGCGCGGCCGGGCGGAGGGCGCAAGGCUCCGGUGAGCCGGGGUUGCAGGGGACGGGCGGCCCGAGGAGCGCGCCGGAGGCUCGGUGCGGGGCAGGCUUUCCGGGUCCGGAGAGUGCGGCGCGGCUGCCACCGGGACGCGAUCGCCGCCCCGCCCGUGGGGGAGGGGAGCGCGGCAGGAGCGACGCGGAUGCGAAAGUCGCGGCCUCCGGGCACCAUUUCUGCACCGGAAACCGGAUCCGGCGCGGACGCCGCGGCGUCGGCCGGCGCUCGGCUCCCGGCGCCUUCGCGUCCCAGCCCCGGCUUCGCCCGAGCGCGCUGCGGUUCGGAGAUUCUUAACUAGAUGGACCUAACUAAGACAUGUAGGAGGCCCAAUUUCAAGUUCUUUCUUAAAACUACAACUGAGGUACCUCGAGCUCCUUUUCCUUAGGCUCUAAAUACAUUUUCUU